CAUUCACACGCGUUCUUCUAACGUAAGAGUUUUUGCUACUAUUUCAACACAAUCAUUAAUGCAUAGUUUCCUUUACGAAGUAACAAAGAAGCAGCCACUCUUCCGCCACCCCUUCUCUUUCCAAAAAAGAGGCUCACGUUUUGCUUCACAAGUUUGACAUUUAAGAGGGAAAACUAAAAGGAAUAUAUGAUUCUCAGGCACCCCUUUGUAAUAAAAGUCCUUUAAAAAGGCCACCACCAGCCAGCGCCGCUCUAACCUCAUACACAGAAGUCGUACCUAGUUCCUGUCACUUUAAAGCUCUGCUGACGCCACUCGAAUGUAUCCAGAGGGGAAGUCCCUGCUCAGGGAAUCUCCCGCCAGCUGCAGUGCAGGAUCCCAGCGACUCUGGAGGAGCACGUGGAGCAGCAGCAGCCCCAGCAGCAGUAGCAGCCCCAGUAGCAGCAGGAGGAUGGAAGAUACCCAAUCAACUGUGGAGCUGAGAAAUUCACAGGAGCAGCCUGUGUUCACAGAAGGCCAGGUGAUUUUGAAUGACUACAGUCCAGCCAAACCUCAAGAAGCAGAAAAUAUGGACAGUGGAGAAGACAAUAAAGACCAGGUCCCACUCAAUGAAGAUGAGGAUAUAGGAGAUGAUUCAAUGAAAGUGAAAGAUGAAUACAGUGAAAGGGAUGAGAAUGCUUUAAAGCCAGACCCCAUGGAAAAUGUGGAAGAUCCUGAAAUCCCUUACAGCUAUCCAAGAGAAUAUAAUGAAUAUGAAAGCAUUAAGUUGGAAAGACAUGCUGUCUCUUAUGACAGCAGCAGGCCAACUAGUGGAAAAAUGAACUGUGAUGUGUGUGGAUUAGCCUGCAUUAGCUUCAAUGUAUUGAUGGUUCAUAAGCGAAGCCAUACUGGUGAACGCCCAUUCCAGUGUAAUCAGUGUGGGGCAUCUUUUACUCAGAAAGGUAACCUCCUCCGCCACAUUAAACUUCACACAGGGGAAAAACCUUUUAAGUGUCAUCUCUGCAACUACGCAUGCCAGAGAAGAGAUGCUCUCACAGGUCACCUUAGGACACAUUCUGUUGAGAAGCCCUACAAGUGUGAGUUUUGCGGAAGGAGUUACAAGCAGAGAAGCUCCCUUGAGGAGCAUAAGGAACGAUGUCGCACUUUCCUGCAGAACACCGGCAUGGGUGACACUGCCAGCGUGGAGGCAAGACAUCUCAAAGCAGAGAUGGGAACCGAAAGAGCUCUUGUGCUGGACAGAUUAGCGACCAACGUGGCCAAACGAAAAAGCUCGAUGCCCCAGAAAUUUAUUGGUGAGAAGCGUCACUGCUUUGAGGUCAAUUAUAAUUCCGGCUACAUGUAUGAGAAGGAAAGUGAAAUGAUACAGACACGGAUGAUGGAUCAGGCCAUUAACAAUGCCAUCACCUACCUUGGAGCUGAGGCCCUGCGUCCCUUAGUGCAGACCCCUCCUGCCCCAACCUCAGAGAUGGUCCCAGUUAUCAGCAGCAUGUACCCCAUUGCACUUACCCGCACAGAGAUGCCAAAUGGUGGCCCUCAGGACCUAGAGAAGAAAAACACCCACCUAUCAGACAAAUGCCUACCUUCUGAAAGAGGUCUCUCCCCCAACAACAGUGGCCAUGACUCCACAGACACAGAUAGCAACCAUGAAGAACGCCAGAAUCAUGCCUACCAGCAGAGCCACUUGAUCCCUCCGCGGGCCAGAAAUGGGAUGGCACCCCUGAAGGAGCUGCCCCACUCCUAUGAACUCCUCAAACCUCCACCCAUCUGCCCUCGAGAUACCAUCAAAGUGAUCAACAAAGAUGGAGAGGUGAUGGGCGUAUUCAGGUGUGACCACUGCCGAGUCCUUUUCCUGGAUUAUGUGAUGUUCACCAUUCACAUGGGCUGCCAUGGUUUUCGUGACCCUUUUGAGUGUAAUAUGUGUGGGUACCGGAGCCAUGACAGGUAUGAAUUCUCCUCUCACAUUGCUAGAGGAGAACACAGAGUCAUGUUAAAGUAAAUAGCUCAAUUCUCUCUCAGAGAUUUAAGUAUUGAGCAUCAUUAAAAAGCAACAACAAGAAACAACUAGCACCUCCACUUUGCUGAAGCUAUAGCACGUCAAGUUAUUUUCCGUAUCAGUUCUGAUAUAAAAAGUGUAAGGUCUUCAUUAACUGCCUAAGGGAUUCUGCACUUCAGUAACUCUUGUGGACCCAUUGUGUUACUACUGAGAGAUGGGUUUUUUAUAACAUUUUUUUCCCUCCAGGACUUUAUAUUACUGGACUAAAAGCAGGGGAAUCUUUAAUCAUCGCCUUCUACAGCGGCACAACUCAAAUCUAUGUUAAUAAGUCUGACAUCCGUUCAAAUUUCAAACAGUCCCCUGGCUGUGCUCUAUGAAAGCUUGGAGGUGACAUGUAUUCAGCUCCAUAAACGGGGAAAAUUGGUCUUGGCCAGAAAACUGACUCAGAAUUUUGCAUGUACUCAAAUCUUGGCCUACGUUGAUUUUUUUUGGCGGGGAGAGAGUAGGAGAAGGUAUUUCCAAUUGCUGUAUAAAGAACAGGACUAGAAUAGCAAUGCAAUAGUUUAUGUGAUCGGGGGAUCUAAUCUAGCAUUUGAAGACCAAAAACUCAACACCAAAUCUGCUUUAGACCAGCAGCGCCCUCCAAAACAGUUGUGUGUUCAUCCUGCUGCUUCUUCCUACUACCCUUCCUCCCCUAAUUCUCUAAGAACUGUUUCGGGUUCAGUCGACUACUCUGAAAGGAAUUCUAUAUAAGGAGAGUCAUCUUUUAUAAACAAAGACAUAUGGUCAUUAAAACAUAGCAAAUUGUCCGUUAUGGAACUCAGCAUCAGUUUCCUUUCCCCAAAGAUGGGAAGAGGGAGUAUCUAAGAGGGAAGAGAAAUGGUUCAGCAAUUUAAACAGGAGAAACAACUACCUACAUGAUCAAUCAGCAAGCAUUUUAUUAAGUACCUGUUGUAUGCCAGGUACUGUGUUCUUCUGACCCCUCACCAUUUAUUGUUACAAAGUGGAGGUAGACCUGCCAACCAAGCCCUACUCGAAAAUACUGUAAAAUUAAAAAAAAAAACAUUGUUUAGUUCUAUAUUACCUCCUCCACCUCUAAGGAAGGUUAGGUAAUUCCUGAGAGAUCAUAGGGAUAAUGUUUUUCAGGCCAGAAGUUGCCCAUCAGGAAUAGAUAGUUCUUCUGAUGCCAUGAGAUCUUUGGUUUACAUUUUGAUAGAGCUGACCCACUAAGUUCAACAAAUAUUUAUUAAGUGUCUGUUUUUCAAAGGGCACUGGGCAGAGGCUUUAGGGAUACAAAGAUAUAAAAUUACAGGAGUCCCUGCCCCUAAGAAGCUCAUAUUCUAGGUAAAUACUUUCUGGUCUGUUCUCCAUCAAAGGAAGUAUAUCAAUCACAGGUCUAAUGGAGAGGGAGUUGAUAACUCUUAAUAUAGAAGAAGGAUACUGUGGAACAGAGGAAGGAGCCUUGGACUUAAGAUAUUUUGGAUCUAGUCCUAGCUCUGCCACUACCUAUAUGACUUUUGCCAAGUUGUCACACUUCUCAGGAGCCUUGGUUUCCUCAUCUGUAAAACAGGGUAUCUGAUUAGACAAUUGCAAAAGUUCCUUCUUACUCUGACAGUCUGAUUUUGGGAUGAGUACAGAUCCUUUUGAAGCUUUCUAAUCUAUUAGAACUAAGUGGGUAAAAGUUUUUAUAUAUGUAAUUAAUGUAUAUGUGUAUGUAUAAUUAAUGUAGGUAUAUUGCACAUUUAUUUGAUGGUAAGGAAAAUGUAUUUCGGCUUUUCCAUAAACAUCUUCAGGUCAUGAGGGAGAUGAAGAGGGGAAAGCAUCUUAAUUCUCCCCCAAAGUAUGCGGAAAAAAAAGUAAUGCAAAUAGCUUCUAGCCAAAGAAUUUUUGAUCUCAUGUUAUGAAAAAAGAAUUCUGCUUAAUGGAAUAAUUCUGUGCUGCCCAUUUACAAGUGAGAUUAAGCUUCCUUGAGCAUUUCUACUAAAUCUCAAAUUCCUGGCAGAUUAAAGAUUUAUGUAGAUCUGUGAUUUCAUUGGUGUAGGGGGCUUUUGGUGAGAAAACUCCCUCUACCAAGGCAGAUCUACUAUUGUUCUGAGAUUUACAGUCUUAGAGAUUUGCCUGAGGCACUGAGACUUGUCCAGCACCACACCGCUGAUAGGUGUCAGAGACAGGAUUUGAAACCAGGUCUUCCUGAGAACAAGGACAGCUCUCUCUCCAUGACUACGUCUACUCUACAGUAGCUGUAACUGUAACAGGGUGUGGGCUCAGAAGGGAUAGCUUGUUAAAUUGCACAACUAUGAGAUUGAAACAUAUGCAAUUUUCAUAUGCCAUUUAUUGAAAGGGUUCGGCUUGUUUAGAUAAUAUGAGAAGUUAAAUAUUCUGCCCUUGAUUGUAGAAAUCACAAAUCAUCCUUUGCAACUUUGCCUUUUCUCACUGGUGAAACUCAGUAGUUACUUGCUACUUGGGAUGUUACCCAGGGGCAAUAGGGGUAGCUUGCUAUAAUGGAAAGAAUCUUGGACUUGGAAGUUCAGAGAUCUGGUUUCUAGUUCUGACUCUUCCUCAAGCUCACUGUGUGACCUUGAAUAAGUCAUUUAGCCUCAGUGGGCCUCAGACUCCUUUAUCUGUAAAAUAAUGGUAUCCAACUCUUAGAUCCUGUGUGCCUGGAUACUUCUGUCAUUUUCAGUCAAUCACUAUAUGGUAUUUGACUCUGUGCCAAGUGAGAUUCCCCAGUAAAAGAGUAGCUUCUCAUAUCAUUCUUAUGAUUUCACAAAUUCUUUUUAAAUAUUUAGGGGGUUGGGGAAAAGAAAGAGUUUGGAGGUGAGUGUUAGGAAAAGAAAAGCUUAUCACCUUAAUGAAGAAAUUCUGGUGAAGAGAUGACUCUUACACCUCAAAAUGGUGACGAGACUUGUUCCACCAACCACAGAAAUAUUUUAUAACCUUCUUUCAUUCACCUUGUUCUAAUGCCCGAUUGAUUUCCUGAAUGGUGCCCGUUUUAGUAGAAAUACAUUCUUCUGGAGAAAGAUGGUGUUAAGUCACACAGAACAUACUUUUAAAUAUUAGACUUCCAAGGAUGGGACAAAAUGCAUCCAAUUUAAGUGAUACUUUGCCUGUGAAAAUUAUUCACUUUUAGUGUCAUAGUCUAACCCUGACAGUUACCCAUUGGAACUCAUGAAACCAACUAUUCUUUCUGAACCCACUAUGGUAUGCUUGUGUUAACACCUUGCUUGUUGGGGGAAAAAAACCCCUUGAGAAGAUGAGUGGAAAGGAGGGUUUGGCUCAGAGCUAUAACCUAAUAGCUUUCUUGGGACUGGAGAACUUUUGCAGUAGCUGCAAAUAGAUAUUCUAUUAGCAGUUACUUUGCAAUCCCAGGACCUGGGAAGAUAGAAAGACUGUCAGCUCUGUACUUCUGCUUUCCCACCAAGUCUCCUGCUAGGCAAGGAUUCUACCUCCUACCCAGGAAGCCAUAGGAAGAUAAACAAUCAGCCCCUAAAAAUUUCAAGUGAAAUUAAGGAGACAGGUGUGGCAUGGGUGUGGGAAAGGAAGAGAAUAAUUUAUGAAAGGGUCACUGAAUAGCAAUUCCUUUUUUUGUAUAGAUGCAGCAUACUUAGUUUUGUGGAACAGUUCUCUUCUCCCUCCUUCCAAUUUAAAAAGCCCUCCCUAUAUUCCUAUGAUCACACUCUGAAAAAAAGCAAACUAGCCUGAUAUUUUUCUUACUAUUUUCAAUUCUUGCCUCCCUAGCUCCUAACUUCAUCACUGACACGUUUUCUUAUUAUUAAAUGUAGUAGUGAGGCACAUGCCACAUUGACUUGAAGAUGACUUCUAAUUGAAACAGACCACUUUUAAAAAAUUUGUAAUUACAAAAAUUUACUUUCAUUUACAUUACCACCAAAAAGAGAAAAAAUCUCAUUUUCCUUAGCCUGUCCCCUCUCCCUAUGUCUGGCUAAAUAUAGGGGUGUACAUAUUGAAAGGGAAAAUACAUUACUGAGAGAUCCUAGGGCAGGUUGGAAGAGUGGAAUAAAGAAGUAAUGUGACCUCUCUGAGAGGGGAUGAUCACUGAUGGGGAGCUUGGGCCUCCAGGCUAUUCAGACUGAUGAAAGAACUUGAAUCUCUUAGAAGUUCAAGAAGAUAAAUGAAAAUGGAGUGAAAACCAGAAUGAUAUGAUUUUUUAAGGGACCGGGGCAGCUCAUCAUAGAGUUAGAGGAAGAAGAUGAGUGAGAAAUACUGAUAACUGGGGAAGGUUUAGGAGACUGGGUUCUCAGGACAGAGAAAAAGUUAGUUGAGGAAGUUUAUGUGGGUAGAGAUCAGGUGCAAAUCCAAUUAGGGAUUGAAGGAGAAGGAUUUCAAUCUAUUCUCAGCUACAAAGGGACCCUACUUUUGUGGAAGUACUGAAGAAAUAGGACUGGUCAUAGAUAGUUGCAAGGAAAAAACAGUGGCCCUAAACUACGGGGAGCAAAAAGAAGAGGCCUAAUGAUUAGGAAAACCUGGAGGGGAUAUGUUUAUGCUUGUUAAGGCCAUUGAGUAACAAGCUACCUGUCACUUACUUAAGCUGUGUGCAAUUUGUACCACAAGACUUCCUCACUGGUGGAAAGUUGUUUUCUUUGCACUAGGAACUGGUUAGCUGCCUGUUCCCACCCAGUUCAUUAUUGGUAUAUUAUUGGAGAAACCAAAUGGAUCAGGCUAUGAGUCAGUCCGAAAGACAUCGAUGAGGGAGGAAAAUUUGUUCUAUUAGAUCAUAAUAGUAAAAAAAAAUUAUUCAUUUAAAGAAGUAGCAAUGAACUAGCCAUCUGUUUGCUAGUUCCCAUGAACAUCCAUUCCUCACAGAGGAGAGAGCCCGAGCUCGGAAAAGGAUACCAAAUCCUUAUAGUCACUUCAUCCAGCAGUUCUAGGCCCCGAGGGCAUCAUCCAGCAAAAUGAAACAAAUUAUAUUUUCAAAGGUUUUUUUCUCUUAAAAUAACUUGGUCUUCUGAUGUUUGGGGGCUAUAUGAUUCUUGGUGGGUUGAAAGGGAAUGCCAGCUAUGAGAGAAGUUAGUGAUAGAAGUAUAUGCAUAUACCUACCUCAGGGGAUAUUAUGAGGAGUCAGAACGAGCUCUGGUUCUGGAUGAAAGUUCACUCAAGAUGGUUGUAUGUUCUGGUGAUUUACUAUGCCAGUGUCCCAAAGACUUCAGAAGGUAUAAUUUUGAGCCCAAUCCAGGGUCCUGAAGUUGAACUAGUUGCCAGGGGAGGCAACUUCUCAAUACUAAAUAUUGACACUGGUUUAUUCCUUGGUUUUAUUUCCUUUGUAUUGUUUUAAGGUAUAAAUGAAGAACAUUUGUCAAACCUUUCCAGCCCUUUAAGAAGGGAAACCAUGUUAAUUCAUUAGCAUUAAGUACCCAGACUCUUAACUUGAUGUAUGCAGGGAAAUAGCGUGCACUCUAAUAGGCCUCUAGCCAGUAGCCUCCAACAACUUAGCGGUUUUUUCUCAAUCAAUGCCCUAGAACCUCUUUCUCCUACUACUUUUACUCUGAAAUGCCUAGAGAUGCUCCAACUGACCCCUUCUCUUACCUAGCCCCAUUCUACUCUCAGCCUUCCUACCAUCUGUAACUUUUCAAAGUGGACCAGGUUCCUCACCUCAUGCAGUAGAGGCAGAGAGCAAUCAGAUUCUCUAUUUUCCUAGGUGGGUAAUAUAGAGCUUGAGUGUCCCACAAACACAGCAGAAGCCUUCUAGCUAAAUCAUCCAGCCUUGUUUCCAUCUCAUCUCUGGAUUUUUCCCACAUCUUCAACUUAGUAAGAUAACAGAUACAAGACAUCUCCCCUCCACCCCUUUUUUGGAAGACCUAUCCUUACCCUGACUUACGUGUAUGGAAACUAAAUAAUUGUGGGUUACAAGUGGUUAGUGGGUCAUUUAAAGAGCAGACACCCCUUCAGCUAGACAAGUGGCUUUGAAUAUUCAAGUUCUCAGGCUCUGAGCAGGUAUGAGGGAUCAUUUUAGCAACUGGAAAAACCAAGGCUUUAUUUUUAACUUUUGGUUUCCAAAGCCACAGGUGUGGUCUGUGGAUGGCCCUGGUCGCCUGAGUGACUAGGGUGACACUGAGAAAGAAACUGAGGUCUCAGCCUCAGGUUGCCUUCCCACACAUUAGUGAAUAAAUGGCCCUCUAAGCAGGAGAAAAGGUGAAGUAGAGGACUAUGUCUCACCAUGUUGUUUUUUGCACUUGUGUGACUUGAGCCCCUUGUUAAGCAGUUCUCUUAUUACUGAUGCCACUAUCACCCUCCUUGAUGUGUGACUUCCCAAAACACCCCCAUUCCCAAGCAAGCAUUGCUGUCAUCCCCAUCCCACUUCUGGUGACCCUGUCCUUUGUGUGAAUCCAAUAGUCCAGCUACUUGAAGUCCUUCCAUUUGUCACAGCAAGAUGUCCAGAUCCUCUAAAGACCAAAGCUUCUGUAAUGUAGCAGUGCUAACCAUUGUCCAAAUUUCAAUAUGUCCUUGUGUUAAGAACAAGGUUGUUUGGGUGUUUAAAGUUUCUUUAUGAUUUUUUUAACAGGGAAAAAAAUAAAAAAAGUGGUGUGUUUGAAACUA